UCCCUUCUCAUUCUGAUGUUGAUCUUCUCUGAUGGCUCUCAGUCAACUCCUGUGAGAACUUUUAAACAAAUCCCUUUAUGCAGAUCUCUGACCUUUGUCCUGUUCCAACCCAGGCACAUUGGCCUGCUGAGGGUCAAAGGUCGCAAGAUGAACCUGCAGAAGAUCCCCCUGAACACAGUGAGGCAGUUCUUCAUCCAGGACGUCGUGCUGGCGGACCACCAAGACCUGUUCACCGCCGGGACCCCGCAGGUCACCAAGAAGGUGGAGGACUUCUGCCAGGCCAAGGUGGUGGAGAUGUUGGAUCAGGCAGAACGGGAACGACUGGGCUGCCCGCUUACUCCAGAGAAGCCUCUCAUUCGUAUCAGGGUGGAUUACAGCGGCGGCUUCGAGGCCUUCAACACCUCGCGCUUCAGUCAGAAGUUUGUGGACCGCGUGGCCAACCCAAAAGACGUCAUUCAUUUCCUCCGACGGCGAGAGAACAAGGAGGCCGUCAAAGAUGAGAUCGACAUCGACUACAGCCGGCUGGUACGGACCACGGCCCUGGAGGGCCUGAGGGUGGAGGACCUGGUCAAACAGUACUUUGAAGCUGCUGAACAGAAGGUCCAGCUGUCCCUGCUGACGGAGAGCGGAAUGGGGAAGGCCAUCCAGGAGUUUGUGGACAAAGACGAGAAGGAAGCCAUCGAGGAGCUCAUCAGCUACCAGCUGGAGAAGACACAGCGCCACCUGCAGGGUCGGGGGGUAACCACGGAGCAGGACAUCGACGCCGAGAUCCAGCGCUUCAGAGACGCCAAGAAGAACACCACUGAGGAGGAGCGGGAGAACAGAGAGGCCCUCGACCGGGCCCGGGCUCUCCGUCUGGACCGGGGGGAGGCCCCUCAGGACCCGAUGGAGGAGCUGGGCGACGCCCACAUGGACUCUGACGAGGGCGUGACCCCGCCCCCGGCCCCCACUCGUGGAAGAGGCAGCCGGGGGAGGGGCGGCAGGGGCAGGGGGAGGGGGGUUGCCGCUCCUGAACCGAAGGCCGCGGGGCGCGGUCGAGGCCAGAGGUCGUCCGCCGGUGGCAGCAGAAGCAUCAUGGAAGCUUUCGACCGCCCAUCCCAGAGAGGCCCCCGGGCCGGAGCGGCCAAGUCUUACACAGAAGAGGUGGUCAUCGACGACUCUGACGAGGACUUCCCUGCGGCGGCGUCGUCCGGGCCCCCUCCCCGAAGCUCCGCCUCCCAGGCUCCUCCCAGAGGCUCCGCCUCCCAGGCUCCUCCCAGAGGCUCCUCCUUCCAGAGCUCCAGCGAGAGCCAGUCGUCCAGGGGCGUAGCCUUUGAUGACAGCGAUGAUGAUGACGAGGAGGAUCCUUUCAAAGCGCAGAGGAGUCGUACCCGACGAUAAGCUCACCAGAGACGGGUUUUCUUCUGAAGCUCUUGGGUUCCCCUCUCUACUGGUGGAGCUCCAGUGGUCCAGGGUGGGUUCCAGCUGUGUGGUGAACUGGGAGUACUGAGGUUUGGCUCCACUGCCAGGACCUCGAGUGACUCAGAGCCCGCCUCUAACCCUAUCUCUAGGCCGAUCAGGCCGACGUGUUCAUACAGGAGCUUCCCUGGUCCAAAGGGUUGGUGACACACUCUGCAACGUUGUCCGUUAAGAGGAAUAACACCGUCUGCUGUUUUAAGUUCCCUGACUGGUUUUGCAAAGAAAAAUAAACAAAAAGUUGACUUUG